CCAUCCUUGUAAACACGACUAGGGAAUACUAAAAUUAAGUAAAAUUGAAACAUCAGUUCUACACCAAAAUUUCCUGGGGUAUCUCCUUCGUGUCACUGCUAUAACCAUUCGAUAAGAUUAUAGAGAUUGAAUAAGCUUGUGCUAGAAAAGCUUGUAUAGAAAUCAGUAAAAUGAUCAGUUUGAGGAAAUCUGUGCCACGUAGUUUGUCACCCGUAGAAUCCUCUCCCAUGUGUACAUAAAAUAUAGAUAUAUGAUUUCUUUUUUAUAUUACAAGAGAAUGUCUUCAUGUUAGCCAGAUAUGGGCAUAUUACCUGUAUAAAGACUGGAAGAGGGGAGAGAGAUAGAGACGGAGGAGUUUGAACACACUAUACAAUGGUUGGAAGAAGGGGAUAAAUAAUCUGGCAAAAGGCCGUGUUUGGGAACUUGAACCACUUAAAUCCGCCAUCAAAGUCAUCAAACCCUCAUCUCUUCAUUGUCUUCUAUAUUUUUAACUCUUUCAAAGCUUCUCUCCUGUUGGCUUCUUUAUUACUGAAUCAGUUCCCUUAACACGUUCCUAUUUAUACUCUGUCCAUCUCCAUCACGUUCCCAUUUGGUUCCUCCAAAAUGAAGUUCUUUGGUUGGAUGCAAAAUAAGCUUUCUGGGAAGCAAGAGAGCAAAAAACACAACGCAAUCUCCACGACCCAUCAUGCGAAACAAGAAUCACGGGAAGAGUUCAGUGACUGGCCACACGGAUUGCUCGCAAUAGGAACCUUUGGUAACAAUGAUCUAAAGGAUAAUUCAGAUGACCAAGGUAUCCAAGGGGAACCAUCCAACAUUCAAGAAGAUCCAUCUUCAUCGGAAGAUCUACAAGACUUCUCUCCUGAAGAAGUUGGAAAAUUACAAACAGAGUUAACAAAACUCUUAUCACGAAAACCAACUUCUGAUGUGGAAAAGGAACUCGCAAACCUUCCACUGGAUAGAUUUCUUAAUUGUCCUUCAAGCUUGGAAGUUGAUCGCAGAAUCAGCAACGCGCUUAACAGUGAUUCGGAUGAUAAAGAUGGAGAUAUUGAACGUACAAUCAGUCUCAUACUUGGCAGAUGCAAAGACAUUUGUGCAGAUCACAAAAAGAAAGCAAUUGGUAAAAAAUCCCUCUCUUUCCUUCUCAAGAAGAUGUUUGUGUGUAGAAGUGGUUUUGCACCAACACCAAGCUUGAGAAAUACACUUCAAGAGUCAAGACUUGAAAAGCUUUUAAGGGUAAUGCUUCACAAGAAGAUUUAUACUCAAAAUUAUUCUCGGGCAUCAUCUAUGAAGAAAUAUUUGGAGGAUAAGCAAAGUUCGGACAAGAAAGAUGAAGAAGAUGAAACUAGGGAGAAAGUAAGCAGUGACGGAUAUAAAUGGGUGAAAACAGAUUCUGAAUACAUUGUUCUAGAGAUUUGAACCUGUCUCCGCUCUUUGAAGCACUGUAAUUAAGUAGAUUCAGAGUUGAGAAAUGGAAGUAGUUGGAGUGAGUGAAAUAUUUGGAAAGCAAAUAAAGCUUUGUGUGGCGUAUGCUGAAUAGGACUAGUAAAUUUGAAGAUGGAUAACUAGUUGAUGGGUGCAUUCCCCCUUUUUUUUUCAUGGUUGUAUCUGUCGAAGAUAAGACAGAUCAACACAUGUUAUAUUGAGAUAUCUGUAUCUGUAUCUGCACUGCCAAAAGCUUCU